AUGCCACCCAAGCGUAAGGCGGACGGCGACGAUAAGAAAGCACCAGAAACGAAGAAAAGUAAGGCGAAAGAGCCAGUGAAGCCACUAGACCCUACGCAGCCAGUAAAUAAGCAGCUGCCGGAAGAGUUGGGAGCGUAUGAGAAAGGCGAAGGCGUGACGCGUAUGACGUGCUGGAAUAUAGCGGGAUACAACGCGUCAGUAAAGAAGGGAAUGCACAGAUAUAUCAACGCUGAGCCUGCAGAUCUACUCGUAUUGACAGAGACCAAAAUUGACAAAGAACCGAACGACGAAAUUCUCAAGAGUAAUUACAAGCAUUCGGUUUGGACAGGCAGUACGAAGAAGGGAUACGCGGGGAUUGCGGUUUUGUGGAAUGGUGAGGAAGCGCGCAAUGUGGAGACAAUUCUCCCAACGCAUCCAAAUCAGGACAGCACUCGUGGACGUAUCAUUACACUCGAGUUCGAGGAUAAGUUUGUGAUAGGCACUUAUGUCCCCAAUGCAGGACAGGGAUUGAAGGCGAUGGACGAUAAGGUAGCUUGGAACUCUGCGUUUAAAACGUAUCUUCACGAUCUAAAUGAAAAGAAGAGCGUGGUGUGGCUCGGAGAUUUGAACGUCUGCCACGAUAGCAAAGAUAUCCGCAAUGACGAGAGUAAUUGGAAUAAAUCGGCAGGGUGGACAGAGACUGAGGUGAAUGGCUACAAAGAGCAGCUUUCAGAUAAGUUUGUCGAUGCGUGGAAGGAGCUGCACCCCGAUAACGUCGGGCAAUAUACAUAUUUUGGAUAUAGAUUCGAUGCUAGGUCUAAAGGUAUUGGCUGGCGUAUCGACAGUUGUGUGGUCUCGAGAGGUUUGAUGGGGCGUGUGGAGGAUGUGGUGAUCAGGAUGGAGGUGUAUGGCGCGUCGGAUCACGUCCCCGUAUGCAUAGACUUCAAGGCCGUCGAUGAACAAGCCAGCAAAUGA